GAACAGAUGGGAGGGAGAACAAAUGAUGGGAGAGCCGAUGGGAGAGAGAUACGGAAGAACUAGUCAUUUAUUCUCUCAUUUGAUGUCCUGUCGGCUCCAUUUAACUUCACCUACAAAGUGUCAUAUGUCGCUAUAAGGACAGAUACUCUUAUUCCUCAAAUCACCUGAUUUUGGCUGACGUUUACCCUAGAUAAUCUCCAUGUAUAGCCAACAUCCAUACAUUAUUAAUGUCUGCUGAUUAUUAUUCCUACUUAAGAGGAGGCGGUCCCGAUGAGGAUGGCGUAGCUGGUAAAUAGUAAGCCUAUGUUGCAGUUUACUAAUGUUAAUUUAUGAAAAUGUGUUAACUGGUAAUGUCAUUUAAAGUCGGAAUGAUGUCAAAUUAAUUGAAAGUUGGCUAAAUGUUCUUUACAGUUUGAGUAGGCAAUAUAUGCAGAGUACACCGCCUAUAGUGCAUUGCGGCUGCUUUACGUUAGGUUUUGCGACUUUGUCGAACGGUUUUUGACGUAACGUAACGCGGUUCAGCGCCAGCAGCAAACUAGUUAGCCUGCCUCCAUGUAGCAGUAGCACGAACAUGUUCAACAAAAAACCAAGGAGGAACUUUCGACAGAGAAAAGAGAAGUCCAGCGACGAGGAGGACGAGCAGGCGAACAGAGGAGAUGAAGAGGAGCAUGAGAAAGCUGCUGCUGCCGUAAAUAAGCCGUCCAAACCGGCCCAGGGCCGCGGCAUUAGCUGCAGCUCCAAGCGGGAAACUACGCCUCCCAAGUCGGACAGCAGUGACGGAGAAGACGGGGAGACGUCGGAAGUGACAGAAGAAAGAGAAGAGAGGAACAAAGACAAAGAUGGGUUUAAGAAGAAAACAAACUCCAUCCUCAGUUUCUCUGACGACAAAGAAGCUGAGGAACCAACAUUCAGAGUGAAGAAGUCCUCUGAUAAAGCUGUGCUGUUCAAAGUGAGGAGGAAGGAUGCUUCAGCUGCCAACACCAGCACAGCCCCAGCAGGUGGAGGUGCCGCAACUUCAACUUCUUCCAGGCAAGAUCAUGAUGUACACCGUAAUGAUGACGACGACGACGACGACGAUGAUGAAAGUGAUCUCAGUGACCUCAGUUCUCUCUCAGCUGCCUCAUCCUCAGAUUCCAGCUGCUCUCCUUCUAUACCAACUAAACCAAUCGUUAUCCCGAAUGCUGAAGAGAUCAAGGCAGCCAGGCGGCAGCGUCACGCCACUCGAGCCCAGAAAGAAUUCAUUUCCCUGGGUAGAGAUGGCCACAGUUCCGCUGGUAGCACCCCAGAGCACUACAGCCGGGAAGAUGAGGAGGAAAGAGUUGCUGCUGAUGAUUAUGAGGAGCCAGAUGAUCAUGAGAGAAGAAUCGAGUUCGCCCCAAGACUGAAGAGCAUUAGAGAGAGGAUUGCAGAGAAACUCGAAAGUGAUGGCAGUCGCUCAGGAACUGAUGGAGAAGAGCAGGAACUUUGGGAGGAGACACAAAUUGAGAAGGGAGUGAAAAGACGGCCAGGAGGACAGAGCCCAUCUGGCAGUGAGUCCAGCAGCUACAGCUACAGCAACAGCAGCAGCCGGCGAGUCAGAGGACGACAAAAGAAGAGAUCGUCAGGCGUCAAAAUCCCAACUCUUGCUCACAUCAGUAUCUCAAUGGUCAAGAAGAGGAUCACUGGAAAACUAGACUCUCUGAAGGAGGUGCACAGAGCACGGCAGGCAGAGCUGAGGAGGAUGGAGAGCGAUGUCGAGAGUGCUAAAACCUCCGCCGAGUCUCUGGAGGAAAGUUCCUCAGAGAGACAGCUGAGGUUCUACAGGGACAUGACCCUCUAUGUCCACAACCUGGUGGAGUGUCUACGGGAGAAGGUUAUUGAGAUCAACUCACUGGAACUGGAGUUGCACUCUCUGUUGUCUGAGCAGAUGGAUGAGCUGUUAGCACAGAGACAACAGAGGAUCAAGGAGCAGGCUGACCUCAGCUAUAGCACAGAUGAGCAGAGCAACAUCUCCACCACUAUAUCAGAAACUCAAGGCGAGGUAGCCUCUAGUGUUGAAGCCGAACAAGAUGCUGAUAUACCUGAAGACAGACAGCCCUCAGCUGAGGAGGAGGAGCAGCUGCAGAAGACAAUAGCUGAUAUCCUGUCGAGAUCCGAGGCUGUGUUUUCUGACGUCCAGAACGAUUUCUGCGAUGUUAAGAGGAUUCUGUCCCGAUUUGAAGAAUGGAGAGGGUCUUACUCUGACUCUUACCACAGCGCCUACAUCUCUCUCUGUCUGCCCAAGUUGUUGAACCCCAUCAUCAGACAUAACUUACUGGCCUGGAACCCACUAAAGGACGGUAUUGGGGACUUUGAAAACCUCCCGUGGUUCACAGCUGUUGAGACCUUUUGUCACGGUCAUGGCCACGAGGAGCUGGAGCACACAGACAGAGAGACGCUGUCUAAUGUCAUAGAAAAGACGGUCCUACCCAAAAUAACAGCCUAUGUGGAGCUGGUGUGGGAUCCCAUGUCCCGCCGUCAGUCAGUCUGUCUAUCGGAUGUUUGUCACAGACUGAAGGAGGACUAUUCCAUCUUUGAAGGAGAGCAAAGUAAACCGGUCAAGGUAUUCAAAGAGGCUGUGAUCGGUCGACUGAGGAGCUGCGUAGAUGAAGAUGUCUUCAUCCCUCUGUACACCAAAAAGUUCCUAGAAGACAGGUUGUCUCCUCAGUGUCGCUUCAGGGAUCAACAGUUCUGGACGGCCGUCAAACUGCUAGGUAACAUGGGAAAAUGGGAUUUGCUGCUUCCUGAGUCUGCUUUGAAGGAACUGAUGUUGGACAAACUGCUGAACCGAUACCUGAUGAUCACCAUGUGCAGUCAGACACUGUACAACAAUGCUGUACAUGCAUGCACAAAGAUCGGAGAUAGUUUGCCGCUCUCUUGGUUCAAAGGAGAGAAUGAAUGUUUGCCUCAGCUCCAGAAUUUCAGAAACCAUCUUGUUCAGGAAGUUCAUACCAUCUGCAAACAGCAGUCUCCUGAAGAUCCAAACACCAAGUCUUCUGUGGUUGAAGUGCUGCAGAUUUUGAGUAGAAUCCGGUGCAAUGACUCCAUCAUGGCGAUAGCAGAGAAAUACCACUAUGAAGAUGUCAUCUACUCUCAUCAGCUGCUGAAUCAAGACACCAUAUGAACAACAAACUGGAGUUGAAGGCGGCUCAAACGGCAAACAAUAGUACACUGUUAUUUUGAAAGCAGUUGUCAAAGACAUUAUACAGCAGGAGAGGAACGGAGGUGACUCUGCCUUGUGAACUAGAUCACAUACAUAUAGAGCCAUGAGGGCAAGUAUGUCUCCUUAUGGUAGAUAACCACUGCUCAUCAGGCCAGCACUGUUUACAUACUGUAUAUAAAGUGCAUGUGAGGUGAAGCGUAAAGUAGGAGCUAAAAUCAAUGAUACAAAUCAGUUUAAUAAAGGACUCUGCCAAGAAAGUGUGGGGGAAAAUGAUUGUCCCUCCUGAGUUUAAUUUUAUUUUAGUCAUGAACAAUUUGCUGUCUGUCUUGUACAGGAGAUAACUAUUUUUAUGAAUAAAUAUUUGAAGCCGAUGUCAUAUUCCCUGACUGCAACAGGAAAUAAACUACUUUUGGAUACUUUGUUUACAAUUGUGAAAUGGUUAUAGCAGCUGACACCAUGGAGACUAACACUGCAGGUCAGCUCUUUUAGGUUAAGAUAACGGUUUGUAGAGUAUUAUGAACUAAUCUUAAUUAGGUCAUCUAAUGACGGUCAUAGAAGAGGUGGUGGUAUUGGCGGCAAAAGAUAGGAUUUCACCGUCAUCUGGAUAGAGGAUGGAUGAGAUAAUUAUGCUUUGACCAACUACAUUUAUUCUAUUACAUACACUAAACUAUUUAAAAGCUUUUCAUCCCACCAUGAGGGAUUUCACUAUUCCAUUAUGAAGGCAAAUGAUCACCGGUGACACCCAUGUUGGUGUUUUUGUCCCGCUUUCACACAAACGCACAUCUCCAGUUACAUGGACUGAGUCUUGUUUUUCCAACUGCAUUUCCAUCAACAAUUACAAAGUCAGAGCUCUUAAAUCUAACAAAUGGUCAAAGGAAUUGUUUCACUGUACAUCUACAAUAAAUUAAAAAAAAAAAAGUUAUUUCUGACUAAUCUUCAGGCCAGCGCUCUCUAGCAUGUUUGCCUUUUAUUAUAGAGAUAACAGAACAAUGAAAAGAAAUGACAUGGGGAAAGGUCAGACUUGAAUUAGGGCCGGCGUGGUUCAUGGCUCAUGCUCCAACCCCGAGGCUAUGAGAACGCCCCAAGACAUUGAAUUAAAUGUACAACACAAAAGUUCUGGAAAGCUUUUGAACAUGAAAGACAAAAGACUUCUCUGAGCAGAGUUGGUUUUAUUUAUGAGGCCCAUCCAAAGCAGAGCACACCAAAACAAAACCCCCAAAACAUUUCUCGUCACGUGCACAUAACGCUCGAACAUGAAAAACAAGCACUGGGAUCAACAGCAUCACUUUGGAUGAAACAAUUCCAGUCCACAGCAGCGACAAGCUUCAGAUAAAAAAAA